GCCCUUUCUACACAUCCCCUACACAGCACCAAUCUGCAUCCCAUCAUGCCCCUUAAUCGCCUCUCAGCGCUCUCUCCCAGUUGAGUGAUCAUGGCGGUAUGUGCGUGAUCGUCAAGCAUCGAAAGCGCCCCUCAAAACGGCAAACAACGGCGCUGCUCUGGACGUUCAGCAUCUCGAGGCCGAGGGCCGAGGCUGACAUACAUACACCACGACACAAACCUCUUCACAGACGUCAAUGAUAUAGUCCCGGCGCUACACAACAGCCGGAAUAUCUUCUGGAACCUAUAUUAUACAAGCUUUCGCUAUAUAUUCAACAACCUCGCAACAGCGCGACACCCCACUUCCUUCUUCACAACUCUCUUCCCAGCAAUCUCCCGCCGUAAAGUGCAAUCCGCAAAUCCUGCCGUAAGUUGCCGAUCCAAGGACACCGGAGUGAAGGCACCGUCUCAACCCCAUCGGUCACUUCACAGCGCAGGCGUCGCGAAGCGACAUCAUACAAUUCUGCCAUACCUUUGGGAUCGACAACAGUCUGCCACCUAACGCGCCUUUUAACUACAACCCUCCCAUUCCCAAACCCUUUGCUCCUUUUGGCCUUCAACUCUUACGCAUACUAUCCGAAGGUCCACUACGACGAAAAGCCGGUCUUUUCAUCGCCUUGUUCUUGUACAUUUCACCGAUCGAUCACGAUCAUUACGCCGCGAGACAAGUGCUGGUCAACUCCCGCGACUCCACACUUCAACCACGGUCAAGCUGACAUCAUCAUUCGCAUAUAAUAACCCACUCUCUUUCUCUCCCACCAGCCAUCCGUCAUCAUGAACAUCACACUUGACGACACUUCCCCUCAGUUCAGGUACUUUUCCUCUGGGAAUACCUGGAUCGCUAAUCACACCAUCGACCCGUCCACCGACCUGUACUUCAAGAAAACCUUUAUGGGUACCCACACCGAAGCCGACUAUGUAUCCCUCACUUUCAACGGUACCUCCAUCACUAUCUACGGCGCUAAACGACCAAACCAUGGCGUGUACUCGACUCAACUCGACGGGGGAAGCGUAUCCUUCCAGAGCGGCUAUUCGUCGACUUCGCAGUUCCAAGUCCCAAUCUUUCAAGCCAUGUCGCUUUCAAAAGACCAGGAGCAUACGAUCGUUUUGAAGAAUCUGCCAUCGCAGACGACUGUAAGUGGGACAAACAAUACGGAGUGGUGGAUGGAUGUGGACUAUGCUUUGAUCACCACGUCUGCUACUGGCAAGGUCUUCACGACGACCUACGACGAUCAGUCUCCAGCACUGAACUAUGUCGGCUCGGGAUGGAACCCGGAUGCGACGCCCCUCCAGCCAGCCGACUACUUUAGCCGCACUGCGCACGUCACCCAGACUGUUGGUGACUCGGUAUCGCUAAGCUUCAACGGUUCAAGUGUGCGAGUGUUUGGAGGACUGUACUUUGACCAUGGAAACUUUUCUGUCUCACUUGAUGGCGGUAAGACUUCAAAUUACAACGGCACGUUCUUCGAGCUCCAGCCUGGCACGACUCUGUACCAGGCGACUGGCCUCGAGGAGGGAGUCCAUAACGUUCAGAUUACCAAUCUCGGCCAAGGCCGCAAGGGCAAGUUCCUCGACAUUGACUAUUUCAUCGUCAACUCCACCGUCGACCACUCUUCCCCUGAUAAUAGCACCGACGGCAACAGCACCUCUACCUCCACCGCUGUGCCUCUAUCUGGCAAGUCGUCCUCGAGCGCCGGAGCUAUCGCUGGAGGUGUUGUUGGUGGUAUCCUCGGCCUAGCGCUGGUAGUCGUCUUGGCUUGGUUCUUGUUCCGGCGUAACAGGACCAAGCUGGGCGGCGAAGAGUCGCCGUAUCUCAAACCCGGCAAGCUCGACUUCCAGAUGGACUUGAACGGUACGGAGGUCAAGCCAUACAUCAGCAAUCAACAAGAACACCAUAUCCUCCCGAUCGGUGCUCUACCCGUCCACUACGAUCCUCCCACCAGCUCCUACAACGGCCACGUCCGAGGCUUGUCUUCCAAUACUACUACUGGUCAUUCUGUUCAUCCGCUAUCGCUUACAGGGCGCGAUACCGACGCACGCGGGCCAUUCUUGAAUGGCGUCCCUGGUCCACCACCCAGUAACGCCACGAGCUACGCGCGGAGUAUCAACCCGCCUAGCAGCAUCGGGUCUCCGCCCCCCAUACCUGAGGGCUAUACAAACCCUUUCAACACGCCUAGGGAGCAGGGAGUGGCAAGGAGCGAGGCUGCACAAACGUUUGGCGUAGGUGGCGGGACGAGCGAUGAUGGGCAUUCGCGCGGAUCUGGAAAGUCUGCUGGGGUUCCACUGCCUUAUACUGCUCGACUUCCAUCAUCCCGGUCGCCGACGUCGAUCAACACUGCUACCGCAUCGAUCCCUCCUGUACCCGCUUCACACCAAGCAUCGUCCCCCGGCGCAGACAUUCCAAACCCUCAUGGGGAAGGCGAUGGUUUGCGAAGCCAGGGAUCGAUUGGCAGAAUGUACGUGCCGGGGAGGGCGCAGGAUAUCGGGCCAUUUGGUGCUGGAGCGGAAGUCGAGCCGGAGGUGGCAACUGUUUUGCCGCCUGAUUACAACCAGGCCACGGAGCCUCUACCGGGCCAGAGGGCCAGAGAGUAGGGAGUAGUAGAUGUCAAUAGGCGGAGGGCUUCUUGCCUGUAGAUUGGUCUUUUAUUCACUGUUUGUGCGGACUGUCUCUGUUUUUGUUGAUUCUAUGCGGCGUAUGCAGGUAUGAGUGCGCG